UUUAAUAUUUGCUCACAUUUUCACAGUUUGUUGUUAGCUAUAGCUAAAUAGGAGUUGUCCUCUAUACAUCUCUCAUUCGAAAUCUGAUUGUCACCACGAAAGGAUCUCAUCCAAUAUGAAGAUUUCUAUAUUAUUCUGCUUGUUGGCCGUUUCUGGUUGUUUUGCUCAAGAAUAUAAAGUCGUCGUCAACGAUGUUACUGUGAUGGACGGUGAUGAAGCUGUUGUUCCUUGCACCUAUGAGGUCCCAGAUGGCACUGGCACUUCCAACUUAACUACUAAUGGAACCAACCUUGACAUUAACACGACCAUUACAUGGUACUCUGUGAGAGAACAAGGCGGUCAAGAAGUUACCCAAAGACUUUGGAUGUUCCAGAAGAAUAAUCCACGAAACACCUUUGUCGAUUCAGAUUCAAACAGAGCUGGAUUACAAAUCAACCGUGAUGACGGUUCUCUUAUAGUUCCAGAAGCGAAAACCGAAGAUAACGACAUCAUGCCAAAGCUCAGAUGUAGAGUACAAUUCGGAAGAGCUGCAGUCGAAGAAAGCGACUUGAAAUUUCUUGUUGUUUAUUUGCCGCAACAAGAUGCUAAGACAGCUUUGUACGCAUACCAAGAUGGCCAAGAAGGCUUCGAAAUGACUCCAUUUAAAACGUCUAUUGGAUCUUGCGAAACAGCAGCAUCUUUUCCAGAAGCUAAAAUCACCUAUUUCAAAAAACUUGGAGAUGGGAAAUCCCUUGAAACCGUGGCUGCAGUUGAUGCUUUAACUGGACUGUUGGACACAACAACUUUCGAUAAAGGAUCUGUCGCAGGAACCAUGAUCACUAAAAAGGAUUUGAUGAAAAGUUUGGAUGAAACAGAUCACCAGGCUGAGUUUGUUUGCAAUGUGAAAAUAUCUUAUGAAAUGGAAGGAGAAAUGAAAGUCUAUGAGAAGAACUACACCAUGCCCAAGUUCAAUGUUAACUACGAAACUAACUCUGUAGCUUUCGAAGAUGAACCGAUUGCAAUCCUUGGUGAAACCAUAACUCUGAAAUGUGUUGGCAACGGAUUCCCUGAGCCUACUAUUAUGUUGAAUGGCGAAGAGGUCAGUGAAAAAACUAUUGAAGUAACUGCUGAUAUGGAUGGCAGUACCUACCAAUGCACUGCGUAUAACAGACAACAAGACAACGCUGUACAAUCUUCUGUCUACACCGUUAAAGUUUACAGUCUCAAAGAACCAGUCGUUGUAGGCAAAGACCAAAUACAAUAUGGAAAACCAGUCUCUGUCACUUGCAAUGCUGAAGGAGUCCCACCUCCAUCUGUUGCAUGGUACAAAGAAGACACAAAAGUAUCAGAUGAUGGAACACUUAGCUUUGAAAACGCCAUAUUUGAAAACUCAGCUGAAUACACAUGCCGUGCUGACAAUGGUCACAAACAGUUAAGAAAAUAUAAAACUUUCAACUUGAGCGUCAGAGGUAUAAUAUUGGAGGGAGAAGCUGAAGUCAACGUUGAAGGCAAAAAAGAUGAAAGUGUAACACUAGAGUGCUCUGUUAACUCAAACCCAGCAGCCGAAUUCAAAUGGAGCGAUGAAGAUGUUGCGAGCACCACAACCAGAGUUGGGUAUUUGUUCACAAGCACAUUAGUUAUUGAAACUUUAACGACUGAAUUAUCCGAGAAGACUUACACCUGUACUGCAGAAAAUCAAGAUGGGGCAACAGUGACAAAGACAUUCAAGUUACCAGAAAUCAAAGGAGAUGUUGCCAGCGCAGGAGUGAUCUCAGACUCUUCUGGAACAACUGCAGGAAUCAUCAUUGCAAUCCUUGUUAUUCUGUUGAUUGUCGCCAUCAUACUUGCUGUUUUGUAUAACAAGGGUAUUAUAUGCAAAAAAGGAGAGAAAGGCGAAGAGUCAGCAGAAGCAGAUAUCGCUGUUGAAAUCAACAAUGGUGAUGGUGAUGUAGAAGCCGGAAAUGGUACAGCAACAGCAGGAGCUGCUGGUGAAGAAACUAUUGAAGCCAAUGAAGAAGAGAAAUUAAUGAACAGAGAAAACAGUGAUUAGAGAACAAAAGGCAAGCAAUAGCAGCUUCAGCAUUCCAAUGCCACCAUGUUAACACAAUCAAGAACUAAUGGGGAGUCGUAUUUACCCCCCAAAAAAGAAAAAAAACUCCUAAAUAUAGAGAAAAUGAGCCGAAUUUAUCACUAACUAUUUUUACAAAUUGCUCAAUUUUUAUGUAUCAUUUUAAAAAUUAUGUAAAAUUAACUUGAGUUUUUAAACUAUUUGGUCACAAUUUUUUCCAAGUCAAUUUUAUGUAUUUUUUGACAGCAUUAACACACAGAAUUUUAUAUGUUCACUAAGAAAAUUUUGCUUUUUUGUCAUAAAACUGGGAAAUAUUAUGAAAUUUUCUCGUUUUUAAAUAAAUUUGGUUGUAAAUUUAGUUUAUUUAUUCCCAAAAAAUUGUGAAAUUGGGAAACAGUCCAAAUUGUGCUCAGGAGAAACCUAAAUUACAGAAUUCAGAAAUGAUUUUUUGUUGACGUUUGGACUAUAUUUCUGCUCAAAACACUCAAAUUCAGCCUAAAUUGUAAUUCUAAAGAUUCACGGGAUAUGCCAAGCUUUAUUCUCCUGAGCACAAUUUCAGCUGUGAUACUUUGCUAUGUAUACCAUGAGCCUAUCAAUUUGAUUUCAUUCUUGGUAGUGUAUGACCUGCAGUUUGGAAUACAUUUUAUAUAUUUAAACCUAUCCCAUCCCUGUUUUCUU